AUGGAUGCUGGGCAUGAAUUACGAGAGGAAGAACUUGGAAUAUCAGAAGAGGAAGAUGACGACGACUGGUUUUAUGACUCAAUAAAGAGGACUAAACAGUGAUUGAAAUAUCAUCUAUGCCACAGUGAACCAUGGUGGACUCCACUCUGCAAUUUCUGUUGGCACCUAUGGGUGAUUGUCCAGGUCAUUUCAUUGCCACAGUGAUAACCUAUGAGCAUGCUGUGCUUUACAUAUUGUCAUGACUACUUCCAACAAUGUUAAAUGUACAGUAGUGAUGUCUUCUGGAGAGUUAGAAAAGUUAAUUGCAGUAGCACAACGCCAUCUUGUAGCUAAUGGCAACAUGUGCAUUCUGAAAAGUAAUAUAUAGCUGGACUAGUGUGUUUUCUGAAUAGAGUUUCUUAGUGAAGAUACAGCGUGUUUAACAGUACAGUGUACUUCAGAUGUUCAAAUUUGAAACACCCAAAUAUCGUCUGUUUUUAUCUGAUGAAAAAAGCAUAUGUGUAUUUGGAAAAGAUAGAAGAGGAAAUGAUGAAGUCAUGGAGCUAAUGCUGCCAAAAUCACUGACUGAAUUGCCUGAUCAGGCAAGAUUAGAGAAAAAUGAUUUGAAACAAAUAAGUGGUGGUUUUACUUCUGCUCCAUUAGUAGAUAUGAGAGUUCUGUAUGGAAAGAAAAAGUUUGUUGCCUCCCAAAAAGCUCUAAAUGGGAUAGUCAUGUACCAGAUGGGCUCUGAAAAAUCUGAUUACAUUUCAAUACUGCAGACAAUUAAAUGCAGUCAGUUCGAACCUUUUAUGGCAAUAAAUAAUGAAGAUAAACUUGCCCUAGUUACAACAAACAGAAAAGGUAUUACUUGGAUCGAUCUAACUGUGGGGAAAUCAGUUGGUACAACAGGCUUAAGUCCAUGCACUGGAGAAGAAAGUACAGUGAAAGCAGAAUUUGUGUCACGAAACAUAAUUGCAGUUUGUUCAGAAAAUGAAGGUUCAGCAAGUCUGUAUGACACACGAACUGGUUCUACAGAUGGUCACCUAACAUGUGAUCAUAAAACAGCUGGUGACCAAUGGGUGUUAUCCUCAAAUUACAACUGUGAAAGAGGCAGUGAAAGUGAAAAUCAAGAAUAUGUUGGACUACUUUCAAAUACUGGAAAUAUAACUAUUUUUGAUAUUCGCAAUAAUAGAGCAGCUUUGUGCAAUGACAAUGUUUUUAACAAUAGAAAAAUUAGGACAAGUGUUUGCAAUUCGCAAAUUCAUUUGCGUUUUUCAACUAUAAGUGUGAAUAGCAUAUCUGUGUCAGGCUUUGAUGAUAAUAUUUAUGUAUAUGAACUGCUAAAGACAGGUGGACUCAGUCUUCGCUUUAUGCAUGAUGGGCACAGGAAGACUAGUGUUAGAAAACGCUUCAACACCACAGAUCAUCUGUGGUAUGGGAAAAUCAUUUUAUCUGCUUCAGAAGACAAAUCUUUACAUUGUUGGCAGUUCUCGUGACUACUUCAUGAAAGUAGCUUGUAUGUUCUUGGACAUUUUUAUACAACUUGUUUUAAUAAAUAAGAGUUAUUCAAAGUUAA